AAUUUUAACUAUUUUGUGAAUAUGUCAGGCUCUUAACAUUCAAUAUAAAGAAAUGUUUUGGUGGUUCUAAUUGAAUGUUGUCUCACAGACUAGGGAGUAAGAGUUGACAAAAUGAAACAAUAUAAUAUACUGAAAUAAUGCAUAUAUAAAUAUUGCUUUUCUAAAAAUUUCCCUUUACAUCAAUGGCCUGACAAUACUUACAAUAAUGUCAACCAAAAACUGAAGAUAGAAAGAUAUUGUUAUUAAAACGAAGUGAUAAAACCCGUUGAGAAUUGCUAAAAUGCAAAACCGUGCUUGAAGGACCAACACGCAAGAUUUUUGUCUUUUUAGGAUCUACGAUUUAGCAUCCAUGUAUAUGUAAGAGUUUAUUUUGGCUUUCUACAGAAAAUAGAGCAAGAUCAGCGAGGUCGCAAACCGAAAAAGCUCGCGCCAUUUUCUGAAAAUCGCAAAAAUGAACUCUUACUGAUUUUGCAUUUAAUUGACACAGUAGCUCCACCCUCUAUGUAGCAAAGUCGUAUUUGGCCGCGAGCGUUUAAUCGCCCAGGCGUUAACUCUUACUUCAAUAAAUAAAUGAGUGUCAUGUAAUGGAAAAUUGUCCCGGCUUUGUGAAUAUUUCAUAAUAGCAAAUAAAUCAACUUUUGCUUGUACUAGAAGAGAAAAGAACCGAACAUUUUUUAUUGACUCAAACUCAGACUCAGUCUCAGUCUCAGACUCAGGCUAUGCUGAGACUAUUUUGAUUUUGGUAUUCACUAACGAUUUUAGACUCAGACUCAGCUGAGAAUACUUUAUGUCGAUGAUGCAAGCGGUAUUUUUCCAUGAUUACGUCAGCAGGUGCUCGCACGCGCCGUUACAUCACUGACAGACGGAUAAUGGACUCGACAGGGUUUCUUAACAAAAAAAGUCCCCCAUGGACAGAGGCAGAUGGUAAGACUCUGCUGCCUCGUACGUGAAAAUUGGGAUCUUCUCUUCGGAGAGAUGAGAGGGUGUGGGGUUGAAAAAAUUUCAACUAAACGCCGGGCAAAGUGGCAAGAGAUUGCCACUGUUGUAAGCCAUGAAUUUACAGCUCCACGUUCUUCGGAACAAUGCCGGAAGAAAUUUCAAAAUGUAAAAGGACGUUCCAUCAACAAAGUCAGUGGGCUGCGGCAUCCACCAACAGGAGGGGGCCCAUCGGCUGUAUUGUCCGUGGCAGAGUCGUGUGUGGCAGACCAUCUUGCCACACACGAAGUUGUCACGGGCAUUGGCGGAGGAUUUGAUUCAGAUGACCUUGAACAAAUUUUUCGGGCCUCGAAACCGGCCUCAAUGAUCUUGGCAGAUGAGCCAACGUCUGAGGCCACUAUCCCAGAAACAUCAGGAGGUCCAUUGAAGUCGUGCAGACAAAAGACCGGGAAAGCAAAAAGAAAAAUUGUCACCACGGAGCAGUCCACAAUAAAUGAAUUAACUGCAGAAAACCUAUCGCUUGACAAUGUCAGGAUUAGGGAGGAGACCAAAAAAAUCAAGCUCCAGAUGGACCUAUUAUUAGAACAAAAAAAUGCACUUAUUUCAGUGAAGGAAAUGGCUGAUGCUGCCAAAAGUUAUUAUUUACAAAGGUCUUCCAUUGAGUUUCAUUCAGGAAAUCCUUUUGUAGAUUCCUUUACUUUUAAUAAAUAAUUCUGCUCAACCAAUUCAUUGGAUAUUUGAAAGUAACAAGCACACUGUUAGAUUGUCUUUGAAACAUUUUAGGCUUGUCCCUGUAUUUUUCAUUGUAUAUUUGAAGGUGAUGUACUUGUUUAACCUAACUUCUUCAAACUUACUUUUGAGAUCCUACAUCAAUCUUCAAAUAUUUAAAGCUUUGUACAGUCUUGAAUUGCAUGUAUGAUUGGCUUAGGUGACUUUAUUUUUGAUCAAGUCAAAAUGUACUUGUUGUAUUAAGUAAUGCCCUGAAAUUCAUGUGCUAUUAAAGUUUUUAAACCAUAUAUGUUAUGCCACUAAGUUUGAUGAUGACAUUUCAUAUAUAUGUUACACAUCAUUGUUCAUCCAUGUCCAAUGAAAUAUUCUUUGUAAAGUUUGUUGAAGUAAUUAUUUAUUAAGGACAUAAGGUAUGUAGUUUGCUAUAUAGUUUAUACAUAUCAAAUUUAUAAAAUGUAUGGUGCCAUAAAGUCAUCAGACAAUUAAGUUAAGGGUAUUGCUUGUUACUUUUCAAAUAUCCAAUUGCUACACAGUUCUCAUUCAUUUAUAAUUCACAAGGUUCAUCUGGAGUUUGAGAAAGUAUCCUCUUUAUGAUUGACACUGUUAAUUUAUAUUAAUGAUUAUUUUCAUAAUGAUCAUUUUAUAAAUGCAAAUGUAUAUACUUUUUAUUGAUAGCUUUCCCUGUGUUUUGACUGCAUGACUUCAUAUACAUUUAUACAACAAUGACUCUAUGUAUUUUUUUUAGUUGAUAUAUAUCAAAUUCAACUCAUAUUAUUCAUAUGUUAUGAACGAUUACAUAUCAGUUAUAUGAAAAAACCCCAGAUGUCUCUGUUUAAUUGGAACUGAUUUUGAUAGUUUGUCAUUUUAUGCAAAGUCUGAAAUGUUAACGGAAUUUACAAACACAUUUCAUCUGAAUUUAUGGUGAUUUUAUCCAAUAUUUGGACAGUCAAUAAGUGAUUUUGUUCUUUUUUGUCAACAAUGGCAUGGUGAAUUAAUAAGAAUUAAGGUAAUGACUUACGUUCUUGUCGAAAUUUACUUAACAUUGAACAAUAGAUAGUAUCGUUUAUAAAGUAUGAAAGUCUGUCCAUGGAAGUAUGGCUUUCAAUUUUCAUGAGCGUCACUUACCUUUGUUGUUUAUAUUAUCAUUACAAAUGAUUUAGUCAAAAUAAAACACUAAUAUUAGGUUUCAAAUAAUACAGAUCGUUGUCAAAUAUUAUAGAAGUGUACAUUAGAUAUGAUAUCGGUCCUAACUAAAACUGUAUGUGAUGUUUGCAUAUGUAUUGUACUUUCAUUGCUUAAUUGUAGCUAGUUGUAACACUAAGCCCUAUGGAUGAUUUGAAUUACAUGCUUUGUUAAAACUGUGGUGUAUAUAUGAGUGUUAUUCCUCAGCGUUUUAAACUCGACUAUUCGAAGAAUAAGAAGAGCUAUCCUAUUCACCUGAGCGUCGGCGUAACCACUUAUGAUAAAAAAAAUUGUAAUAGUUUGUGUACCACCUCAAAUAUGUGUACACAAGAGGAGGUUACUCUAUCAAGCAUUUUGACAAAAUUAUGCCCCUUUUUCUAAUUAGAAUUUACAUUAAAGUUUUCGUACUAUCUGAAAUAUUUUCAAACUCCAUUGACAUCUAGCUUUGAAACUUUGCAUGCUUGUUCACCAUCAUGCCCGCAACAUGUACACAGGAGGAGGUAACUGUGUCAAUCAUUUUGACAUAAUUAAGCCCCUGUUUCGACUAAGAAUUUAUGUCAAAAUUUGCGAACUACCUCAGAUAUUUUCAAUCCUGAUACUGAAAAGCGGCCGAAUAGUCGAGCGUGCUGUCUCUGUGACAGCUCUUGUUUGUACUAUAAUGGUGUAUUGAAAAGAAGUGUUUUAAGUUAACAGCAUUGUUAAUGUCAUCAUUGUUAACUUUCUAAGAGUUUAUGCUCUUGUCACAAUUUAUCAAAACUACUUUCAAUUUGAAUUGGAUUGAAAAUAAAUAGUUAAAUGUUAUUAACAUACAGCAUAUACCUAAAGUAUAAAAGUUCUUAAAAAGUAAAUAUAAUGCAAAUUAUUGGAAAACAAAAAUAGUGAUAUAAACUUAAUCAUUUUUAUAAUAGACUUGAGAAGUUGGGGCCUGUUCAGUUAUGAAAACACUUGUGAUAUGAAGCAUUCCACAUUGUUACUUGUUCAUAGUGGUAAGAUAAUUAAAAC